GUUAAAUAAGAUCUAUAAUCAAAUGUGGCGAGGAACAAUGGGGUUGCCCGUGCAAGUACCCAGUCAGCUGACAUCUCUUCUUAGCUGUGGCCUGUGCCGUCGUCCCUAUGACCUCGAAACCCGACGCCUGCCCAAGGAGCUGGUCUGCCAGCACAGCUUCUGCGAGGAGUGCUUGGCCAGGAGCCUCAUUCGAGAAACCUACGAAUGCUUGUGUCCAAUUUGCGGUGCUCGGACCGCUUUGCUCGGACGAAAGUUGCCGGAAACGAAGGCCAUCAUGUUUCUGCUGCGUGAGCUUCCGGCUCUGGUGCUGGGCAGAGCCAUGCUGGGUUUCUCGCGGGGGAGCAGCAGCUCCAUUGAAGUUGUAGGUGAGCAGCAAGCCUUCUCCUCGGGGAACUGGGUGGACCAGAUCUGCGUGAACAGCUUCCUGGCCAGCAGCAGUGAGCAUUGCCUGAUCCAUGCCAUGCCGAACUCCACGUGGUGCCACAGCUGUCAGCUGUUGUUAUGCCGCGCCUGCGCAGAUGGUGUGACGCAUCGUGACCACCGCCUCACCCGCCAGCUGGACUACCUGGAGCUGAUGCGCCAGCUUCUGUCCGUCGAGGUAUCCAAGAUCAAACGCGCUGCUACACAGGUUUCGGAAUUGGCCGCCCGCGAGCUGAACUUGCUUCGGCAGUUGUGCGAGGCCUGCUUCCGGUUGCAAUUGCAUGUGAAGCGCGAGACCCAGCAGCACAAGGCCUCCCUGGUUUCCCAUCAGAUGAACGGAUGGAGUGUCCGUGCCGAGCACGAACUGAACAGCUGCAGUGCGCUCCACUCUGGCACGGAUCUACGUAAUCUUCUCUCGCGUUUUGUGAUUCAGCGUCGUAAGUGCGAGAGGCAGCUCGUGGAGGUGCAUUUCCAGUGUCGCAUGCGGGCCGGUAUUCAGGAGAAUGGCAUGCAGGUCCUGGACUUUGACUCCUUGAAUAACAGGGUCCUUAAACUGCGCAACAAUCCGCGUCCGGGCAGCAUACCCGCCAAUGUGGAGCCACCGCCGGCACUCAUUCUCACCAACUACUGCGUGUUCGCCUACUGGAACGAGUUGCAGAAUCGACUGAUGCCGUCUAAGCUGCUGCCCCAGUCCAGGGUAACGCGAGAAGUGCAGCCGGAAGAGCGCAAUCAAAAUGAGGUGGUACUAGCACGCUACUUCUCCCGCGCCGAGAACUUCAAUCGUGAACGCGAGGGCUCAAUUAAUUCCGUCAGCUCCUCGGCCAGCAACAGCAGCAGCUUGCAGCGGCAACAAGAGAUGAACUUGCGUCUGGCGCAUGAAGAAUUAAGGCUGCAGCAACAGCUUCAUCAACAGCAGGUGGAGCAGCAGCAGCAGCAGCAGCAACAGACGCUGGCUAUUUUCCGACAGGACGAUCCCAACUGGAGUCAUGGGCUGCGUCCGAUAUUGGCACAGCAUGAUAAUUCCAGAUCCAGUCACUUGGUAAGCAUAGCCCGUCCGCCCACCGUUCACUGUUAUCCAAUCUAUUAUAUGGACAUGGACAUGGCAGGGGAACUGGCCGGUCGAGUACUAGUGGAGGUGCGUGACGAUGUCGCUCCCCGGAUGUCGAAGAACUUUGGGUCCCUCAUUCGGCAUGACCGAGGCUAUGGCUAUCGCGGAUGCUCCGUUUUCCAAGCUUGGGGAGGCGAGAGCAUCAUCUGCGGGGACUUUGAAUGUAACAACGGGCGUGGUGGCCACUCCACCUUCGACACGCGAUACUUUAUGCCGGAUGACACGGGACUGCCAGCCCACCGAGGAACCGUUGGGAUGCGCAGAGGUCAGAGGCGGCAGGAUAGGAGUGGCUUUGUCGGCAGCCAAUUCCGGCUGGUGCUCAACGAGAUGCGCUCCUUUACGGCCAUCUUUGGGUACAUUGUCGAGGGCAUCGAAGUGGUGGACCGGAUUGCUGCCACAGGAAAUGCCAUUGGACGGCUGGCAGUGAAGUGCAUCAUCCGCAAUUGCGGCGAAUAUCAUAUUAACCGAUAAGAAAAGCGACCGA